AUGGAGGCUGUGAAGGAUGAGGAGCGUUUGCUCCGUCUACGUGUCCUGGAGGAGAAAAUAUGCGAUCCUCUAUCAGUCGGCAACGUGGAUGGUUUACUCGAUACCGUCACCGCUCUGGUCUGCGACUGUUAUUAUCCGGCCAUUCGACGGAUGAAAAACGUCGAAGCUUAUACAAGCAGAUAUGAAGAAUUUGCUUCAGAGGUAGUUAAUUUGCGUAUGAAAGCAGCUGAUUUUGAUUUGAUCAAAGUUAUAGGCCGUGGGGCUUUUGGUGAGGUACAACUAGUCAGACACAAAUCAACUCGUCAUGUAUAUGCAAUGAAACUCCUCAGUAAAGUAGAAAUGAUAAAAAGAUCAGACUCUACAUUUUUUUGGGAAGAAAGACACAUUAUGGCCCAUGCUAAUUCAGAGUGGAUACUGAAGCUUCAUUUUGCAUUUCAAGACCAGAAAUACCUUUAUAUGGUAAUGGACUACAUGCCGGGUGGAGACCUUGUCAGUCUCAUGUCCAAUUAUGAUAUACCUGAGAAAUGGGCAAAGUUUUAUACUAUGGAAAUAGUACUGGCAUUAGAUGUGAUCCAUGGAAUGGGCUUUGUUCAUAGAGAUGUGAAACCUGAUAAUAUGUUAAUUGAUAAAUAUGGACAUUUGAAGUUAGCAGAUUUUGGAACAUGCAUGAGAAUGGGGCCUGAUGGACUUGUAAGAGCUAGCAAUGCAGUUGGCACUCCCGACUACAUUUCUCCUGAAGUGUUACAAUCUCAAAAUGGAGAAGGUGUUUAUGGACGUGAAUGUGAUUGGUGGGCUGUGGGUAUAUUUUUAUAUGAAAUGUUAAUAGGCGAUCCACCAUUUUAUGCCGAUAGUUUAGUUGGUACUUACGGGAAGAUUAUGGAUCAUAGAAAUUCUUUGCAAUUCCCCGAUGACGUUGAAAUCUCGAAGGAGGCGAAGUCACUUAUUCGAGGUUUGUUAACAGAUAGAGUGAAAAGACUUGGAAGAAAUGAUGUUGCAGAAAUAAAGCAGCAUCCAUUCUUUAAAAAUGACCAGUGGAGUUUUGAGAAUUUAAGAGAUGCUGUACCGCCAGUUGUGCCCGAGUUGUCAAGUGAUGAUGAUACGAGAAACUUCGAUGAUAUCGAAAAAUCGGAUGCCUUGGACGAGUCUUUUCCAGAACCGAAGGCGUUUGUGGGUAAUCAUUUACCGUUUGUCGGCUUCACGUACAAUGGUGACUAUCAACUCUGUGGUGGAAGGAAAAAGGCAGCAGAUGUCGUAGAUACGAUAUCUAACAAUCACAUAACCAACGCAGGAUCUGAAGCAAUACUACACUUGGAAAAACUUUUAGAAAGGGAGAGAGAUAGCAGACGUAAACUAGAAGACACGCAAGUAAUGUUGUGUGCACAGUUAGAAGAAUUGGCUCAAAGGGAAUCUAGGACUAAAAAAAUUGCUGCAGAUACAGACAAGGAGUUGGUUCUGCUGAAACGUGAUCUCAAAGAAAUACAACGAAAAGCUGAAAUCGAAGCCGAUUGCAGGCGGAACGCCGAGUUCAACUACAGCGACGUGAAGCGUCGUUUAGAAGAAGAACUCAACAAGAGAGCUAAAGAAAUGAGUAAUUUGCAAAUAUAUAACGAUAAAAUUAAUGUUUUAGAAAAAGAAUUAAAUGAAAUGCGAGAGAAACUGAAACAGGAGUCGGAAGCUGCGGCUAAAUCAAGAAAACAAGCGGCCGAGCUUAGUGCAGCACAAGCGGCAGCGGCUGCUGUGAGUGACGGUACUGUUGCAAAUCUACGAGCACAGAGGGACGUCCUUGAGAGAGAUUGCAGCAAUCUGUCCGAAGAGCUCGGUACAGUAAAGGCAGACAAGCAACGAAUGGAGGCAACACUAGCUGAAACAACCAGUCGCCUGACUGCAGCUCAAACAGAACUCGAACGCUCGACCACGAAAAUAAAUCAGAUAAUAAAUGACAAUCGACAACUAUCUGAACGAAUAUCUUCAUUAGAAAAAGAGUGUGCUUCCAUGUCGCACGACCUGAAGGCCUCGCAGCACAUGUAUCAACAGGAAGUUCGGGCUCAUCAAGAAACGCAACGGUCUCAGUUAGUUUCCAACCAGGAGGCUAACUUAGAGUUAGUUAAAGCCUUGCAAGUUAAAUUGAACGGUGAGAAGGCGGCGCGCCAUCGGGCUGAGUGUCACACGCAAGAUAAAGAACGUCAAAUGUCCAUGCUCAGUGUGGACUAUAGGCAGAUGCAGCAGAGACUACAGAAGCUUCAAGGAGAACAUCGCCAGGAGAGCGAGAAGGUCGUUGGUCUACAAGCGGCGUUGGAGCAAGAACGUGCUGCGCGUGUGGCAGCCAGCGCUGAGACAGCGGCCGCGGAGGCUGCGUCACGCGCUGCAGCCGCUGAAAGGGAUGCUCGUACUCGUGAUCUACACGCCGCCCGGGCCGCCCUGCAUGACGCCUCGGAGAAACUAGCCGCUGCAGCCGCUGAAAGGGAUAUGCAUUAUGCACGGAGCGAGGAGUUACGUUCCCAGUUGGAGAAUGAACAGCACUACUGCGUCGUGUACCGCAACCAGGUGAACGAGGUGCGGGCUCAGCUGGACGAGCGGGAACGAUCAGCUCGGGACCUGGAACAAGAACGAGCCAGUCUCAUGCAUCAGCUGCAGCUUGCCAUCGCUAGGGCUGACUCAGAGGCGAUCGCCAGGUCCAUAGCAGAGGAGACGGUUGGAGAAUUGGAAAAAGAGAAGACGAUGAAGGAGUUGGAGAUGAGAGACGCUCUGGCGCAGCACCGCGGGGAACUGGCGGCAAGGGACGCGUUGGUGCAGGGACUGAGGGACCGCGACCACGAGAACAGGGCUACUAUAGACUUGCAGAGAAAGGAGGUGGACGAGCUCAGACGCAGCGGCACCGCGCUGGCUGAACGAGUUGCCACACUACAGAGACUACAAGACGACGUCGACCGACUGAACAAGAAACUCAACUCGGAGAUCAUGCUCAAACAACAGGCCGUCAAUAAACUGGCUGAGAUCAUGAACAGGAAAGACAUGAAUCCAGCGUCCACUAAGAACAAGAGUAAGAUGUCUGUACGCAAGGACAAGGACUACCGCAAGCUGCAACAAGAACUAACAAGGGAAAAGGAGAAAUUCGACCAACACAUAAGUAAACUACAUCGAGACUUGCAAGAGGCGCAGCAACAGAUACUUGAGGAGCAACAGACGAAGCUACGGCUGGCUAUGGAGGUCGACAGCAAGGACGCGGAGAUCGAGCAAUUAAAAGAGAAGCUAGCGGCGCUGACCAGCGAGACGGCGUCUCAGUCGUCCGCCGACGCUGAGGACGGUGAGACGGAACAGACGCUGGAGGGCUGGCUGUCCGUGCCCUUCAAACAGAACAUACGGCGGCACGGCUGGAAGAAACAAUACGUGGUCGUGUCCUCCAAGAAGAUCAUCUUCUACAACUCGGAGAACGACAAGCAGAACACCACCGACCCCGUCAUGAUACUAGACCUCAGCAAAGUGUUCCACGUGAGGUCAGUGACCCAGGGUGACGUCAUCCGCGCCGACGCCAAGGACAUACCUCGCAUCUUCCAGCUGCUGUACGCUGGAGAGGGAGAGGCUCGGCGACCGGGAGACGCUCAGGACACGCCCACCGACGGGCCGGACCAUGCUGGUAACACGGUCCAACACAAGGGUCACGACCUGGUCAGCAUCACGUACCACAUCCCCACGGCCUGCGAGGUCUGCACUCGGCCUCUGUGGAACAUGUUCCGUCCGCCGCAGGCCUACGAGUGUAGACGUUGUCGUAUGAAGAUCCACGUGGAGCACGUGUCUGAGGGCGAGGGUGUAGCUGCUUGUAAGCUGCACGCCGACCGCGCGAGGGAGCUGCUGCUGCUAGCGGCCGGCGCGCCCGAACAGAGGCGCUGGGUCGCGAGACUGGCGCGACGCGUGCAGAGACACGGAUACCGGGCGGCCAUUACUAAUAAUCAUGAGAACAAUAAGCUGUCACCCAGGGACUCAAUGCGUUCAAACCUAAAGCCGGGAUAUCUGAACGCAUCUCAGCGUAGUUCAACCCUGCCAGCGAAUGCCUCCCUCCCGCGCCAACUGAUGAACGAAAUUUUUGUACCUUAUAUAUAA